GUCACUGCCACCUCUCUGUUGACUGCAGCUUAUAUUCAGAUUGUUAGCUGACUGCCGGGGUAAAUGGGCAGAUUCUCCUGUGAUCUGGAAAUGAAAUGAGCCUAUGGAGCAGCUGGCCAAAUGGUGAUCCCCUGGAGGGGUCUGCCUGGGCCAGACUGAACUCGUGGAGCUUGACCACCAGCCUGGUCCCGUCUGCUUCGGGUUACCUCCAUUGCCCCCUUCCUCUCAGCACACGUGGAGCCUCCCUUCCCCCAGUGUUGUCCUAGAAGAGAAAAGAACCAAGUGCCUCCUUGGGGAGAAUGUACUGUCCAGGAGCAAAGAGAAUGGGAGCAGAGGCCACUUUCUAUUCCCUGAAGGAGCUGGAAAAGGGGGAAUUCCUUAGGGAGGGGCAGGGGGGAGGUGGCUUGGCUCCUUGGAAAAAAAGGGGGUGGGGAUGCAAGACACUGACUUAGAUGCAUCACCUCCCUCACAUUUAUUUGGGGGGGGGGUGGAAAAUGGGGACUAAUAGACCUAGAGAAGAAACUGAGGAAGCAGGAGGGCCACCCGGGGGUGAGGAGGAGGGUUUCUGGGUUAUAUCAAUUGGGUUCUGGCCUGCUUAGGGUAUUUACUAUGCAAAUAAUGGAACCCAGACAGCUCAAGAGAGAAGGGAUUGGCUGGAGUGCACGGGAGGGGGCGUCUCCUCCAUAGAUUUAAAGGGGGAGGUAGAGCUGUUAGAUAAGAUGCUCUGUAGAAGCCCGGGCAUUUGCUGUCUCACCAUGGCACAGACCCUCAAGCCGGUGACAAAGAUGUCACAAUUUGCUCGCUGGAUCCUAGAACUGGGUGCAAAGCUGGGCUCAAAGCGCAGGGAGAGAGCCCCCUCGGGCUUGACAGACAUCCCGGGCCCUUCUACCCUCGGCUUUCUAACAGAACUUUUUUGCCAAGGAGGGUUGUCGCGUCUACACGAGCUGCAGGUGCAAGAUUCUGCCCGCUUCGGCCCCGUGUGGUUCGCCAGCUUCGGGAAGGUGCAGACGGUCUAUUUGGCAGCUCCCGCCUUGAUCGAGCAGCUGCUCCGCCAGGAGGGUCCCCACCCAGAGCGCUGCAGCUUCUCCCCUUGGGUGGAGCACCGGCGACGCUGUCACCGGGCUUGUGGACUUCUCACAGCGGAAGGGGAUGAAUGGCAGAGGCUCCGAAGCCUCCUGGCCCCGCUCAUGCUCCGGCCCCGAGCUGCGGCGGGUUUCGCGGAGACCCUAGACGGUGUGGUCGGCGACCUGGUGCGCCAUCUACGGAGAUGCCGGGGCCGUGUGGGAGACUCCCGCGACCUCGUCACAGAUGUGGCUGCAGAAUUCUACAAGUUCGGCCUGGAGGGCAUCGGGGCCGUCCUGCUGGGCUCCAGACUGGGGUGUCUGGAGCUCGCCGUCCCCCCAGAGACAGAGGCCUUCAUCCGUGCAGUGGGCUCCGUGUUUGUGUCCACGCUGCUGACCAUGGCCAUGCCAGAGUGGCUGAACCGGCUCUGCCCCGGGCCCUGGGCCCGCCUGUGUGGGGACUGGGAGCAGAUGUUUGCCUUCGCCCAGCAGCACGUGGAGCGGGGAAAGGCUGCAGCGUCCACAGGGGAGCCUCACAACUCCAGUGUAUCUGGACCCCACUUGACCCGCUUCCUGUUCCAGAAAGAGGUGCCCGAGGCAGCUAUCCUGGGAAACAUUGCUGAGUUACUGCUGGCUGGAGUGGACACGGUCUCCAACACACUGUCCUGGGCUCUGUACGAACUUGCUCAUCACCCGGGAGUCCAGACUGCGCUCCAUGCUGAGAUCACAGGUGCCCUGGCUCCUGGGUCCCCCAGACACCCAGCCACUACCUUGGCCCAGCUGCCCUUGCUGAAAGCUGUAGUAAAGGAGGUGCUGAGGCUAUACCCUGUGGUACCUGGAAAUUCCCGAGUCCCGGACAAGGACAUCCGUGUGGGUGAUUACGUCAUUCCCAAAGAUACCCUGGUCACUCUGUGUCACUAUUCCACGUCUCGAGAUCCUGGCCAGUUCCCAGAUCCAAAUUCCUUCCACCCAAACAGAUGGCUGGGGGGACAGCCAGCUCCACAUCCUUUUGCCUCCCUCCCCUUUGGCUUUGGCAAACGCAGCUGUAUAGGAAAGCGCCUAGCAGAGCUGGAGCUAAAGCUGGCUCUAGCCCGGAUCCUGACUCACUUUGAAGUUAGGCCAGAGCCAGGUGCUGGGCUCAUCAGGCCAAUGACUAGGACCGUCCUGGUGCCUGAAAGAAGCAUCAACUUGAAGUUUGUUGACCGAUAGUGUCCCCUCUCCCCCAUUCCUUGAUGGGAGUAAAUAGACACAAGUCUUAAAGUGCUUGGAAGCCCUGUCCUCCACUGUCUCCACUGGGAAGUCCUUCUGUGCUCAACUGGAGAGGGACCAAACUAAAGGCUUUAAGACAGACCUGGACAAAGGACAGAAAGGUCCAUCUGUUGAACGUGCAGACCAGGGAGUAGGCUGGAACACUGGGCACCACAAUGGAACUUUGGUGAGCUUCUACCUUCAAGUCGCAUGGAACAAGAGUCGAAGGAACUAUAUGCCUCCAUCCCUUCCCAUCCAUCCUCUCUGAAGCCCUCUGAGCACUAGGCACGUAGGCACUUGUUCCUUGCCACUUAAACCUGGAGCUUUGGGCCAACUCCUAAUGCAGGACUUUGGUUUUAUAUCACUACCAACCCAAGUCACAAGCCUUUUUUGUAUUGUGAUUUUUUAUAUUUUUGUAAUUAAAAAAAUAUUCUGCUA